AUGCCCCUAACAGCAUUUCUCGGUGGUCCUAUGAAGUUCAAAAGUUUUAAUGAAACAUACACGCUCCUAACACUGCUCCUCACUAUGUGUAUGAUGUAUCCGAACCCUCAGAAUGAUAGGAAGCGGGCUCUCGGCAUCGUGUUGUUGUCCGUCUUGUUGAUCCCACAGUUGGUUAUAAUAGUGUGGGACAUUUAUAUGCGAAUUCUGCUCACGGAUUUAAAUAAUGGGAUUCGUCAGCUCGUCAUGAUUUUGUGUUUGUCGUUCAUCAUCUUUAAGAUGGUCAUCACGUUAAUUUGGAGUGGCAAAUUCAAACGCUUGCUGGACAAGUUGAACACAGAUCUGAAUAGUUUCAACGACCUACCAAAAGACUACCAGCGAAUAGCCGCACGAGGCGUCGCGAGGUCUCAGAAGCUGGAAAAGAUGUGGACGGUAGUACUCAUCAUAGCCGUGUCCACCUUUCCCUUUGUGGCUCUGGGCCUCACGAUAUAUUCGCAGUUUACCAAGGAGCCCAGAAAGUAUAUGAUCCACGAGGCGUUCAUACCGAUGAUCGAAGAUGUCAAAUAUGAAUCACCUUACUUUGAGAUUUACACCGUUUAUAAUAUUUUUAUGGUUUGGAUAGUAUGUUGUGGAUACGCCGGUUACGACGCGACGUUUUACGUAAUCGUACUCCACGUUUCGUUGAAGAUAAAACUGUUUGUACCCAAAAUAACAAAUUUAAUGGCCGACUCAGACGUACUAACUAUGAGAGCAAAGAUUGGCGAAAUUGUGCGCGACCAGUGUAGUGUGUACGACUUCCUUAAGGAGAUUCAGUCUUGCUUUGAGCUAUGGUUGGCGAGUAUGUUCUUUAUACUGAUGUGCCAAAUCGCUAUGGGCCUGUGUCAACUUAACGUGGCUGGUGAAAACAGACUGUCGUACUUCAUGUUUGCAGCCGCUGUGUCUAUAAACCUAUUCUUGCCUUGCUAUGUGGUGUCAGAUCUCACAUCCACCGCGGCGUCUGUAAGCGAUUAUAUUUAUGGAUGUGGAUGGGACCUAGUCCCAAACCCCGGAGUGCGCAAAAGUGUCGCCUUCAUGAUUGCGCGUGCGCAGAUACCCUUAAACAUCACUCCGUACGAUAUGUUUACAUGUAACAUGGAGACAUUUGUAUCUGUAUGUAUAGAAUAUUCUUAG